UCAUGUUGACCCAGAGAGCAGCUCUGACUGAACGACCAGCUUCUCCUGUCUGAGCUUUAAAUCAACACACAGCAGGAACUGAAUCAGCUUCAGGAGUGAAGCAUGGAGGACUCAGCCUUCAUCCAGGCAGGUUUUAAUGCCACUGAAAGCGAAGAACAGCCUGGGCCCUGCAGUUUCAGCAGCAGCAACAGCAUGAACUGGCUGCUCGGCUCCUACAUCUACUCCAUCAUCUGCAUCGUGGGCCUCGUGGGGAACGUUGUAAUAAUCAUGACUCUUGCAUUUGAGACCAAACACAAGCUGGAGGUACAGGAAGUCUUCCAGCUCAACCUGGCCAUCACCAACCUGCUGUUCACCGUGGUGCUGGCCUUCCUGAUCUACAACGAGCUGCUGUCGUGGCCGAUGGGCCAGGCGGCCUGCAAGCUGGUGCAGGGAUCCUACAGCAUCAACCUGUACAGCGGCAUGCUGCUGGUCGCUGGGAUGAGCGUUUUGCACUUUGUCAGCAUCUGCAGUCCUCUGCGCCGUCAGAAAAGCUCCAUAGGGACGAAACAAACCUCCAUCAUCUGUGUGUCCAUCUGGGUCUUUGCCCUGCUGCUUUCUGUCCCCACCUUCUACUUCUACCAGCUGUAUGAGCCAACAAGUGAAACGAUCUACAUGCUGGAGGGUGAAAAACACAGCAACUCCUCAGCGUCGCCGCAGUUCGUCUGUGAGUUUCGGUUUCAAGACCACGACUUGUCCCAGAUCGUGAAAGUGGCGGUUCCAAGCGUCCAAAUGGCUGUCGGCUUCUUCCUGCCUCUGCUCAUCAUCAUCUUCUGUUACACCUCCAUCAUCAUCAAACUACUGACCAAAAAGUUCACCCCAACUAACAGCAAAUCCCCAAAUGAAACGGGUCGGCCUUCGGACAACAGGGCCACAAAACCCAGACAAAAGGCAGUGAAGACAGUGACGGGGAUAAUGCUGGUGUUUGUGGCCUGCCACCUGCCCUACAACCUGAUCCUGCUGUACGACACCACCACCAUGUUACAGGAGAGGGCGUGUGAAGAGGAUGACCGCUGGCACACCGCCCUGUCCAUCACAGAGUUCAUCGCCUACCUGCAGUGCUGCCUGAACCCGGUGAUGUACGGCUUCAUAGGCAAAAUCUUCAGGCAGAAGUUCAGGAAAACCUUCUACUCAACCAACAAACACUAACAUACAUUCAAUCUCUACCAGUCCUCGGUUAAAUCGACUAGAGUCAGCACUAAAUAUGCUCAGGGCUCAGAUGCAGCACAGCCUCUCAAUACUACAUCACAGUGUACUACUAGUAUUGACUGUAAUUAAGGCUUUUAGAUGCACUAUGACGUGGAUCAUCAUGAAGGUGCAACAUUAUGUUACCAAACAAGUGAAAACAUUUUAGCUUUUGUUGUGACUAAAUGCCAGUAUGGAUGUUUUAGCAACAACCAUUU